AUGACCGGCUCCUUUUUGGCGUAGGUUCCGUGCAUGUGCUGACACCACGGGUGCAUCAAGGAUUCGCACACCGAACUGUUUUUAUAAUUAAACGUUUAUUGUGAAUUGUUAUUACUCGCAAAAAUUUUCCUUUCUUUUUCUCAACAUUCUCAACUAUCGAUUACUGAAGUGAGCAUUGUGGCGUGAUAGUGUUCCAAAGACAUCUGCCUUAAUAAUUUUAAGACUGCUAUUUUGUGAUUUUUGCAAAAAGUUAAUUUAGAAACUAAAAAACACAAGUCGAAAGACAACACACAGCGCAUUUUUAAAAUAAUAAUUCGAGAAGAGUAGAAGCAAAUCAGCAGUAAAAAAAGGAAAUGGUCAUGGAGGCAUCUCCUUCACCGCAAUGUGUCGGUCGUGAGUUCGUCCGACAAUACUACACUUUACUGAAUAAAGCCCCGAAUCAUUUACACAGGUUUUAUAACACAACAUCAUCAUUCGUUCACGGAGGUCUUGAUCAAACAAAUAAGGAAACGAAACCAGCAAUUGGUCAGAAGCAAAUUCAUCAAAAAAUCCAGCAACUGAACUUUCGAGAUUGCCACGCUAAGAUUACCCAGGUUGAUUCGCAGGCAACUCUCGGCAGUGGUGUAGUUGUUCAGGUUUCCGGAGAGCUAUCGAACGCUGGCCAACCGAUGCGUCGUUUUACUCAAACAUUCGUUCUCGGAGCUCAAGCACCGAAAAAGUACUACGUGCAUAAUGACAUUUUUCGAUAUCAAGACUUUGGUUAUUCGGAUGAGGAGGAAGGCGAGUCAGAAGUCGUUGAGGGUGCAUUGAUCGAAGUUACCGAACGUGAAGGCGAAGAGGGUGUUCGCUCUGAACCGGAGGAGGAGGAACAACAAAGUCAACCUCAACAAAUUACGGCACCAAUUUCCGGCUCUGAACAACAUACCGUUAUUCUCACUCAACCACCAAUUGCAACUGGACAACCUCUUUAUUAUCCACCACCGCCACCACAACACGUGAUGCCACCAGUGAUGAAUGGUUCGGUGACUGACGACAGUUCCUUGAUUGGUCAACAACAAGCAUCUCUUCCUCUGUCUCAGCAACCGGUUCAAGCGCAACAACCACAAUAUGUUGAGCCCGUGGUGCAGGAGCAAUUCUCACAGGAAACAGAGACAACAUCAACAACAGAAGCACAACAAGUCACUGAAGACGAACAUUCCCAAUCCGCUGAGAGUCUCGAACCAACUGAGACAGCUUGUUUGAGACCAACUGCCGAAAUUGGUCAAGACAGUACAUUGGCAUCACCGGCCAACACCAGCAACAGUGGACCGAAAACUUAUGCCAAUUUGGUCAAGUCCUGUCCAAGUUCACAGGCAACUCUCACAAAUACCCAACCGCCAAAAAUCUCCAUGUCGCCACCACCCAUGUCGAGUAUAAAAGUGGAAGAAAAAUCACCACUUCAUCCAUCAAAUUCUGGUCCCUCUUUGACUUCGAAUACAAAUGUGUCUAGCAGUCAACAACAACCUCAUCGAGUGAAUGCUAACCAACAACAAUCGUUACAUCAACCACAACAACAACGACCACCACGCAGUGGUCCUAUGCAACGAGGUAAAUUUUCAGACGGAGAUCGUCGUAGCGGUGGCAGACCAAAUCAAUUUACGGACGCUCAUCAACUCUUCCUGGGCAAUGUGCCCCAUCAUGCGACUGAAUUUGAUCUUCGUCAAUUGUUUGAACGCUAUGGCAAAGUCGCUGAAUUACGUGUUCACAGCAAGGCAAACGACAGGAGUAAAGGACCACAGGGUGCAAAUAGCGCUGUACGCGUGCCCAAUUAUGGUUUCAUUACCUUUGAAGAUUCAACCGUUGUCGCUAAAGUAUUGAACGAUCUUCCGAUCUUCUUCCCCGAUGAGAAUGGACAGAUUAAAUUAAAUGUCGAAGAGAAGAAAAUCAAGACUAGCAGGAUGUCGAUGGAAGGCAGUGGAAGGUCUAAUCCAGUGGAUAAUAUGCGUUCAAUGGGUGGACAACAACAACGUGGACCUGGAGGUUUAGGCGGAAUGAGAGGUGGAUCACGGGGCGGACCACGUGGAAGUUAUUCUCGUGGUGGUGAUGGAGGUCGAACUGGCGGUGGCAUGAGACAGCCGGGAAAUCCAAACAAUUCAAAUUACGCAAACCGACGCUAAACAUCCUGAUGACAUGCUUCGACUUCUUGGAAAAAAAAAAUAUCAGCGGUACCUAAUCACCAAAACAACAUUCUGUCAAUAUACUUAGAGAAAAAGAAACUAAAUAAUCUUAUUGCGAUUUGCGAGACGAAACAAUUCUCUCAUACACAAAACAAUUUCUUCUACGUAAAUCGAGUGCCACAAUUUUAUGGAGAUUUCUCCUUUUUGUCAAUUUUUCGAAAUAACAAAAGUAAAAAACAAGAGAGAAUGAAUUUUUUCGUCCGUUUCGUCUCGCAUUUCGUAAACGGAUCGCGGCAAUAACAGACCACGGUACAAAUACCGUUCUCUUUUUAAUUUUUAUUAUCAAAAGAAAAAAGAAAAAAAAACUCCAGCAAACUUUGCUGUCUUUAAAAGUCAGCUGAUCCAUUUUCUUUUCUUUUUGGACUGUUUCACUAAACUAGAAAACAAUUUAUUCAAUCUUAUAGUGAUUGAUUAAUUGAGCUCUUCAGGAGAAAAAGAGACGGAGUGAAACGACUGAUAAAUUGGUCGCAGAGAAAAAGACAACUCAAUCCAUACUUUUCAUAUUUCACAUUUUUUUCACAAACUGUCGAUCGACAGGUUUUCGAUCUUCAGAAUGUACCUCAAUCCUACAACUGCAGCUGGACUCUAGCAGUAAUAAAUUCAUUUCUUUUUUAUAUAUAUAUAUAUCAUUAUUUGUCUUGCUUUUUUUCUGAUUUGGACUUUUUAAAUCUACGUCUCUUUUUUUCUUCGAAAUUUACGUUCAAUAUAGUUUGAAAAAAAAGAAAACUUUCUUUUGUAUUUUUGGCCUUGUCGAUUGAAACAUCGAAAAAAAACAAAUGUUUUUUUUAAAGUCUGUUUUAUCUGUGCCUACUUAGAAACCAUUGGCAAAUUCGGCGUCGAUUUAUUUGUUAACUAAUAUUUAAUAUCGUAAUUUCGUACUAUCGACGCCCGUGAAAAAUUUUCAUUGAAUAAUUUUCACAAAAAAAAAGAAAAAACACACACACAUAUACACAAACGGCUACGGUAUUCAUAAAUUUCACGCCGCUCAAUAUCUUAAAAGAAAAAUUUAUUGAUACCGAUCCUGUUUUUGUUUUAGACUAGAUAGAAAUAGACUUAUUAAUUUCUAAUGGACUUGCUUGAAUUAAAAAUUCAAACACGAUUUACAUGUACAACAUUUUUUUCCAUCGACGAAUAAUUUAUAAACGUACUUUUUAUUCAUUAAAAGAAAAUAUGUUGUUCUUGUUUUUCUCGUAUAAGAUAAUUUUUUGUGGUGAAUUAUUGGUCGAGAUGGGAUUUUUUUUUUAAUCGCGAUAAUUGACAUUUUUUUAAAGAAUAACGAAUUUCAAAGUUUAUAUACAAAGUAAAUUGUGUGUAUCAUUUUUUUUGAUUAAGCGAUACACGAAACUGACAAUAGUUAAUUAUUUCUAACUGAACAUUUUAAUGUUUGUUUUUUUGCAAUUUUAGUGGCAAAUUUUCUAGUCAUUUUUUUUUUUUUUAAUAAACUUAAUAAUAAUUUCGUUAUUUAGCGAUUCGAUGUAUUUUUUAAAUGAAGAAAAUUUCGACCAAUAAAAUCACUGUUCGUUUAAACCAUUGAAAUGACAUAUUUUAAAAGUAAAUAAAUAGUCUAAUUUUUAAGGCAGUUCAUCUCUGAAAAUAAAUAAUUUUGUCCAAUGUUGAUAUUGGGAAAAAUUUCAACAAAAAAAAAAGUUCUUUUUAUUUAUUUCUUUUUCAUUGUUGCGUCAGUUCUUUUCUCAGUGCAAAUAAAUUUAUACAAAAAAAAUAUACUUUUAAUUUGUUUUUUUUUAAUAUGAAAUUCUAAACAUUUUUUCAUGUUUUCGAAACUAUUUUAUAAGUUUAAAUAAUUUUGUUAUUUUUAAAUUAAUUGAAUUAUUAAAUAUUUCGUAGGUAAUAUUUAAAUUUUUUGAUUAAUUUGGACUAUUAUGAGUAUUAUGAGUAUUUUUAAUAAAUUGAAAAUUGUGAUGACAAUCUUAAAAAAAAUUAAUUAUUUAGUAAUUUUAAUUUGUAGAAAGUAUUAAAAGUUAAAAGUUUAUCAAUUAUAGUGUUAAUAAUUUUUAAAUAUGAAAUUAAAUUAUUCAAAUUUGAGUACAAAUUCUUAGGAACUUUUAUAGAAUUAUUUUUUUUUGACAGUAUCGACAAUAUCGGGUGAACUGUCUUUUAAGAAAUUAGACUAAUUUAAUGUAAGCUUUAACUAUAAAAUGUUCGUCUCUCGGUGGAUCAUUUUUUUUUUUUUUUUUGAAAAGCAGGGGAGUCAAAAAGUCUGACUUUUCGUCUCUGUAAUUUUUCUAUAAACAAAUAUAGGUGCUUAAAGUAAAUUUUUUAAAAUUAGAAAAUAAAAAAAGGAAAAAAGAACAGAAAGUACACAAACGCUUUGACGGAAAUUGAAAUUGGUUUCUAAGAGAAGCCAAAGUGAGUUUCGCUUGUUUGAAAAGAGAGAGAGAGAAAAAAAAAAAAACAGCGACUAAAGAGCAUCACGCUGUGAUUUCAAGUCUAAAUAAGUUUGGACUAUCGAGAGGCGUUUCUUUUUCUUACUGACCCUGGAGACUAAUAGUCUGUACUAAACUUCUAUAUUAUAGUUUGUAAUAAUGGAAUAUGUUGUGUCACUACAACCAGGUUGUGACUUUUUUUUCUAGAAUGUAUUUUAAAAACCCUUUUUUUCUUUUUUUUAUGUUAGAGAAAGAAAUUUUUAAAAAAAUGCUCAUUUUUAUGAAAAUAUGCUUCAUUUUUUUUUUAAUUUAAAUAAAGUCACAACUUGGAAGUAGUUAUAUAUAAAUAUAUUUAAUGAACGUUUUCGCAUCGUAUGGAGUAUUUUUUUUUUGUGCACAUCUUUCUGACAAUUCUUGUUAAAAAAAAAACGCUUCUCUUGAUACUUUAUAUUAUAUAUAAAUAUAUACGAAUAGUUGCCAGAUCUAUGUACGCUUAAUUAAUUGAUUUUUGUUACAAAUAGAGAGCGAGAGUGAGAGAAUGAGAGCGCAAGUAUCAUAGGUCUAAGGCUUACUUUAUUGUCAGCUGUUAAGUUUAAUUUUUUUAAUUUUUAAUUUUUUUUUUUUUUUGUAAAUUGUUUUUGUUUAUUUUUAGAAAACUCGCGUAUAUAUCGUUCAUUGAUGAAUAUUUAAAUUCUCGAAGAACAAUAGAUUUGUGUGUACAUUUUUUCAAAUCGAUCUCAAUGAUUGGAUAAAAGAAAUGACGUUUUUGUAGAAUUUGUUUUACUAUUAUUAUUAUUAAUAUUAUUAUUAUUAUUAUUAUUAAUAUUAUUAUUUUUAAUAUUAUUCUUAUUUUGUUUUUAUUAUUUGUAUUAAAUUUUAGUAAAACUAUUUUGUUUUAUUCAAUGAAUUUAAAAAAUAUCGGUUUAUUAAAAAGAAAAAUAAGUGCACAAAAAUCUAAUGCAAAGAAAUUCUGUGAAUAGAUUUGCAUUUACAAUUUAAUUUCAUUUUUUUUCUAACUUUUAGGAGAAAAAAAAAUCUUUUCUAGAACUUUAGUUGGAUUAAUGAAUGGAGGAUUGGGGAAAAAUGGGAAGAAUGGAAUUAUGGAAAACGCUUAUCUUUUACUAGUCGGAAGAGAGGUGCAAAAGUUUUUCAAUUAAAAUAAAUUUAAGGGGGGUUUUGAUGAAAAUAAAGAGAAAAAUUAUAAUCCUGCGAUGCGAAAUCGUCGACUACAAGAAAAGAUAAAAAAAAAAACUCAGUAAAUUUUUAGUGUGAAUGUUUUCUUUUUUAAGUGACUAUUAAGUAAUAUCUCUUAAAAAUAAUAAUUAUAAUAUUAACUAUAUGAACGAAAGCAACAGGAAAAAGAAACACAAAUAAUGGAUAAUGAUUAUUAUUAGAACAAUUAUUAAAUUAGAGAAUGACGAUAAUUAAGUUGUGAAUUUUUGUAGCAUACAUUUUUAAUUUUUGUGUACAACCGUGGACAACGUUACUGCGAUAAAAAAAAAAUAUAAUGUUAAAGUAAAAAAAGAAGAAAAAAAAAACAUGAAAGAAACCGACAUACGUCAAAUGUAUUGUAACUUUUUGCAUUUAGUAUAAUAUAUCUACCUUAUUACAACCCGUAA